AGAGGGACCGGGCACGGCUCGUCGCGCGCGGCGCAUUCGCAGCAGCUGCGGACCCGACGGCGUCCGCCCCCCCUGCCGGGUCCCGCGGGCCGCCGGGGUGAGAGGGCCUUGGGCUGCGGUGCUGCGCUCGCGAGGGGCUGCGCGGCGUGGCUGCGCGGGGACGGAUGCCAUAGGGCCUCUGAGCUGCUAAAGAGGCUCCCAAUACACUUGUACGAGCUUGCAGCUUCAGGAAACUUCUCAGGCUGUGUCCAUCCUGUUGGGCAGCCCAGCCACCAUGGAGGCCCCAGAAGUCCCUGUGGGCUCCCUGAUUGACUUUGGGACUGAACCACCUACCUCCUCUCCCCUGGAGGCAGCACCUUCAACACUCCAGGACCCAGAUGGCUCCCUGGGUGAUGGUGCAUCUGAGAGUGAAACCACCGAGUCUGCAGACAGCGAGAAUGACAUGGGCGAGUCACCCUCACACCCAUCCUGGGACCAAGACCGCCGCUCUUCCUCCAAUGAGUCCUUCUCCUCCAAUCAGAGUGCUGAUUCAGCCCCAGAUGAGGAGACCCUGGCACUUCGAGAGUUCAUGCGCAGCUACGUAGAAAAGAUCUUCUCCGGAGGGGAGGACUUGGACCAGGAGGAGAAAGCCAAGUUUGGAGAGCACUGCAGUGGCGAAGAUGGGAAAGGCCGUGAAUGGUUCGCACGGUUUGUGAGCGCACAGCGCUGCAAGUCCAAGUGUGUAUCAGAGCCAACCUUCUACCGCCUGGUGCAGUCCUUCGCAGUGGUGCUGUUUGAGUGCCACCAGAUGGAUGACUUUGGGCCUGCCAAGAACCUCAUGACCAUGUGCUUCACCUACUACCAUCUGGGCAAACCGCACCUGCUCCCUGUGGAGCCCAAGGAGAAGCCAGCUGGCAGCAUUGACUCCUACCUGAAGUCAGCUAACAGCUGGCUGGCCGAGAAGAAGGACAUUGCUGAGCGGCUGCUGAAGAACACGGAGAAUAUGAAGGGCUUCUUUGGGGGACUGGAGACCAAGCUGAAAGGACCACUGGUCAGGAAAAAUGAGGAAGAUGAAAACAAACCUAAAGACAGACAGCUGAAGACUGUGACAGUGAUCAGCCCUGAAGAUGAACAGAAGGGGGAGAAGGUUUACCUGUACACACAUCUGAAGCAGCAGCCCAUCUGGCACACGCUGAGGUUCUGGAAUGCGGCCUUUUUUGAUGCUGUGCACUGUGAGAGGCGGAAGCGAUCCCCCACUACCAGAGGGGAUGCUGGAGAGCAGGAGGAGAAGAGGGAGAAAUGGUGCCACAUGACCCAGGAAGAGCGGGAUGACAGCCUGCGGUUCAAUGAGAACAUCACCUUUGGGCAGCUGGGCACGUUCACGCACAACAUGCUGGCCUUUGGUCUGAACAAGAAGCUAUGCAGCGACUUCCUGAAGAAGCAGGCUGUGAUUGGCAACCUGGAUGAGGAGCAAUACAAGCUGCUAAGUGACCACAUUGAGCAAAUGGCCACAGAGUAGGAGGUCAGCCCAUGCCGCUCUCCCAGGAGCUGUCACCCCAGUGAUGACCCUGCAUGACACCAGCAGCACCCAGAGCCGCCUGGCUGCCCUAGAACUAGCAGUUAAAAGACUCCAGAAGCCUGUCUCCCCUGCCUAUGUCUGCUCCCCAUUCUAUGUACAAGGUGCCCCUUGGGUUACACAGCUAAAAAUGAGGGACCAUCUACCCCAACCCAUCCCUGAGCACCAGGCUUGUGAGAUGAGACAGAAGAUGGAGGAGGCCAUGAGCUAGGGUCCCCAGAGUUCCUGCUGAGAGCCAGGGACAUGUGGGCAUGGAGGUGCAGGAGGGGAUCCUCGUGGCUCUAAGGUGAAGACAGAAUCACUACUCUGAGGGACACAGCCUACCACUCCCUGCCACAGGACUUUCUGUGAGCAUAAACUGUGUGGAGGGACCAUGGAGCCUUUCCGAAUGGUCUUGGCUACCUGCUCUUCUCCACCUCUUCAUGUGACAGGAACUAGAAAUCACAGGAACUGGAAGAGAACUCAAGGGUUGUCACUUUCCUAGGGGUGUGAGCUUUCUGCCAGCCACAACCUUGUCUCAGACUCAAGAGACCCGUCAACAGAGCCUGUGAACUGUCCACUUACACAGCCUCUCCUCCAACAGCAGAGAAAAUCCUUCAGUUCCCAGGCAGCAGCAAUAUAUGCCCUGGAAUGCAAGAAGCAUGGGGGAAAGGAUGCUUCGGCAGCUCUGGGGUGACACCCUUGCUAAGAGCAGCUGGUUAGAGCACACAGAAUGGAUCUGACUGAGUCCUCGAGGAGGCCACAGGGAAGAAAGGCUGCCUGGUAGCUCCAGUCCACGGCCCUCCUCUCAUGAAAUACCCACAGGGACUUGCUUCUUCUUCACCCCUGUGCCAGACCAAGUCUGAUGCACAGCGUCCAGUGUGCUGGCCCCAGAGCUGCUGUCCCCACCCACCCCACCAAUGGCCAAGGUUCCUUCUGUGCCAGCCACUGCCAUUCUGGUCACUGACCUUGAACUAGGCCUGCAGGCUCUCCUGUCACCCUUCAUCACCUCAUCGUUCUCUGUUCCUCAGCCUUCAGUCACAUUUAGUCAAGGUCUGUCUGUGAGCACAGCAGUCCUCUGCUGACAGCCGUGUGCUCAGCUGCCAUGGGCAAGCCUUCCCUGUGGGGAGUGUCUCCCUAGGAUGUCCAAAGAAGAGCGGGAUGGGUCCAGCUUUGGAACAAGCAUUUCUUGGAUGUUGGGGGUGACCAAGGUAGUUCAUCCAUCACUGAGCCAAUUCAAACAAAUGCUGACAUCCAGGUCAGCCUCUGAUGGUAUAGUAUGUGUUACUGAGCUAGCUAGGACACCCAGCCCAAACUGUGCCUGUCUCUGCUCCUGUGUUUUAGGCAAGUGACAUCAAGUGAGAUCACCCCUGCUAUCUUUUCUGGAGCCUUUCUCAGCUGUGCAAGCAUGGUAGCCUCUCCUUGCUCUCCCCAGUCCUGGCGUUAGUGUGAGUUCAGGAGCAGUGAAACUUGCCUCCAACAGCUGUGUUGUCUGAUGUCUGCUUUGCCCUGCACAGCCCUAGGGGAAGAGCACCAGUGGUUCCAGCACAUGGACUGUAGAAAUGACUUGGAGACUGUUCCAUACCAACCUUUGAGAUAAUCAUUACGGAAGAAGGAAGGAUGGCUCUGUUUUGUCUGUCUCUUGCUCUUUAUUCUUGCAGAUACAGCCCCACAGAGUUGGGAAAUUCUGACCUAUGUUAGAGCCACGUGACACUGCUAAGGACCUGGUAACCCUUUUGAGGACAAGGCAGCCUUUGAUGGGAGCAAAGCUGCAGGUGACUGGACACCUGCAGAUGUCCUUUGUUGACAACUAGCUUUGAUGAGCUUUUCACAUCUGAGAGCCUCUAACCAGUGUCUCUGGGAGGUCACUAGUCUGCCCCUCCCCCCAGGUAUCCUGUCUUCCUGUAGUAGCUUUCCCCUAGGACCCGCCAAGCAACUGGGCUCCCUGGCAAGCACUCCUUGGCUGCCAUUCUGAGCUCACCAACCACAAGCAGGUCAAAUUACCUGGAUAAUCCUAAGCAGUAUCUCCAGUCUUGGCUGGUAGUGGCCCAGAUCUGUACAAGCCCUUUAGCAACACACUCAAGCCUUUCUGGCAUGUGACCUUCAGGACUGCGUGAGUCUUUGUCACUCACAAUAAUGUUUGCCCCCACAGAAAAAAAUCCCCUGUUCUGAAAACAGGCCAGUGGUGAGCUGCCUCUCUGCUGUGGUCAGCUUUGUUAGAGUGUUGUGGGUGUUGGAGGCGGAGUGUGACAUCUUCCAGGCUGUCUCUGCUGAGUGUCUAACCACAGACAGAAUCACACUCUGGUAGAUUGAGAGAUCUGCAUUGUGCAACCUGGCAGACUGUGGUUUUCUCUUUGUCCAAGAAACAAAGGGGCUGAGGAGCUCAGCAUCUCCAAGAGGACCAUGGACAAAGCUAGUUUUCAAGCUUCAUCCACACAGGAAAGAGGUCUUCCUGACUGGGCCAAGUGUACACCUGUAAUCCCUCACUCAGGAGGUGAAGGCAGGAGGAUCAGGAGUUCAAAGUCAUUCCCAGCUACAUCAGGGGUUCAAAGCCAACCUGGGCCUCAUGAGACCUGAUCUCAAGAAAAAAAGAACAAACAAAAACAACCAAUAACAGAUGAUCCCGAGAAUCCAUGGUGGGCUUAGAGCCAGUGCCCCAGCUUAAGAUUGGCCUGAUGCAGAUGGGGGCUCAUGGCCUGCCUUGUCCCCCCUUAACUGAGAGGAUGUAGUUGGUGCUCUGUCCCUGAUUCUGUAGCCCAGAGACACUGCAGGGCCCAGGGACACAGGAGGCUCCAGAGGCAGCACACCACUCUAGAAACACCUGCCAUUCCUGGUUGCUGGUGUGAGGGGCCCACGCUUCUCUGCUGGGAACUCUAUGAAAAGCUAAGGUCUAAUUGUGGUGACCUUAGUAGUCCUACACCGUAGACUCAUACCCAACCAUGACCUUCCUGGGUCACACUGACAAGUUGGUGUUUCAUUCUGGGCCUGCACAGCUAGGGCAGCUUUGUUCCAGUUUCUAGACUGCAGUCAGAUAGCCAGGAACCUUCAUAACUAGAGGAUCCCUGUGUGGGACAGAGUAGCAAGGGACUCAAGGAGGUGGCACUGGCCUCACAGCCUCAGGGAAACAAUAGGGGAACCCUCCUCAGCAGGGGUUCCUUGGUUCCAGGCCCCUGCCCUCACUUCUCCCACCUUCCAAGCCAGCCAGCUCUGCAGAGCCCCUGCUAAGGGUUGAGCUGCCUCUUCCUUCAGAUCCAACCUCACAGUCAUGGCCUCAGUUUGUUUUAGCUUGAGAAGCUUCCAGUAGAUGCCCAUGGAAUGGGCCUCAUUGACUGGACAGGCUUCUUACAGGCCCCUCUACUCCACUUCAUCAGGCCAGGAACAGGAGUACAGUAUUAGGUUAGGAAGUGAGUGGACCGGUCUUUUCCAGGCUGCUCACAUGUGGAGAACACACUCCCACUAAAGCCAUCUUCCAUGACAGGCUCCUGCAGGGCCUUCAUUUUGUACUACAACCCCCCUGGAGUCUCUGGGUCAGCAUAUCACCUACUCCUGGGGAAGGAUGGAGUCCAGGGUGUGGUGGUGGCCAGAUUGCCCUGCUACAGAGGGGCAACUUAUGCCAAUGCCCCUCUGGUAGUCAGUCUGAGCUUUGAAUAACAGAUGAACACAGAGCUGGGAGCACACCCCAAGUUGGCUGUGUUCAUGGGCUCCUCGGGAAGCUGGUGCUUUGGGGGACAACACUGUAGACUCCAGGCUCUGACAGGAAGUGGCAUGGGCCCAGCUGCAAGCCAUGCUCCCCUAAGCUACAACUUCAGAGAUAUUGCACUUUAUCUAGAAAGGUCCCAGGCCAUGGAUUUGCCUUGGCUCUGAUCCUGAGCGGAGGCUGGCCCUAUCCCAUCCUUACUCCUAAAUAAUAAGUGUGUUCAUGGAAAGGAGGGAAGAGACCCUGCCUGGUGAAGAAGGUUGGAUCACCGCCACCUUUGCAAGAGGCAGUAUCUUAGAGUCAGUGGGGGAGAAUAACCCUGGUCAGUGGCCUAAGACUGUCAGUUCAUCCAGAAUAGGGGUGCCUUGAGAGGUAUAAGUUGGACAUUUGGCUGUUGGGAAAUACUUAUCUCAGACAGCAGGCAUCUAUCCCCAUGGAGAAUGUGUAAGGACCCAGAUUGUCAGCUGCCUAAGCCAGUUUCCAGUGGGGUACUCCACCUGCAUGGUCUGCUCUCUCUUGGAAUUCCACACCCAUUUGUUGCCAGAAGCCCCUAGUAAUGCUGUGUUUUAUAUGUUAGUUACACAACUUUUUGCCCUGCCAGGUCAUGUUCUAAAAUUAAGGUUGAGAAAGUUAUGAGGUUGAAGAUCUCAGGCAGUGCUGUUUCCUGUGAAGAAAAAAAAAUCCAUAUAUAUAGUACCUUGGCUUGUCAGGAGGUGGAAACUGAAAUAAAUUAUCUUUUAAAAAGAA